AUGUUGACGAUAGUGGCUGCGACCAUGCUGCUUUGUCGAGUGGCCGUCCUGGAGGCCAGACCUGUGCCUCGACAACCCCUGCAGGAGCUCACAGGCUCCACUGCGCGCGGGCUGCAGCAGGCGAAUGUUGGUGUCAAUGUUCCGGGCGUGACAGUCAACACAGCUGUGCAGCCGGCACCCCUGCCGCCGCCGGGUGCAGCAGCACCCACCCCCAACAACAUCCGUGUGCUCGUCCCCGGGAUUGUGGAUGUGAACUUGGAUCUGCCGCCGCUGCCGCAAGUCUCUGUGAACGCGCAGGGCAACAAAGGAAUGCGCAGGACCCUAAUGCCACUGCCGGCCGCUGAUGGCAGCAAGGAUUUGAACCCCUGA